CGAUCCGCUUCCGCGCCGGCCGCACGUACAAUAGUAGUCUGCCUGCCGAUCUCUUUUGUAGCGCCGAGUGCUAAGUGCCCGUUUGUUUACAUCACAGCGAUGCAUAGUGCGUUACUUAGCGCAAUUGUGUCAUCGACCGUUUGCCGGUUAUCGCUAAAUUAUGAGUGAGUUCUGGACAAUACUCAUCUCGGAGAUUUCGCAUUAAAACUUUUGUAUACUUUUGAGGUCGAAUCGCCACUUUAUGAUCUCGAUAGCGCCAAAUAGAACUGUGAAUUUUCUAUGUCUUUAGACUCAGUGUGCCAUUAAAAAGUGCUAAAAUUGAACUUUUUCAAUAAAUUUUUGUAGACUUUUUAUAAAUUUUUGUAAGACUUUUACAUCGAAAUAAAAUCUUGGUAAAUGACCUAUUCGGGAAAACAUUACGAUUUUACACUUUAAUAAAAUUGAAGUCCUUAUAACCCAUCAUCCAAAAAUAAAAUUGAUCCAGCCCUUGAAGAAGCCUAAGAAAUAUUGAAGAAAACCUUUACUGAAAAAGGCACCAAGUACGAAAAGUUUACGGCGAACUGACCGAGUUUCAUCUGCAGAAAAAGAAAUUAUCAGAGACAAAGAUGGCAAUAGCCUUUAACCUACCGAGUGAAAGAGAAGCAACCGAGGAAAACUUUUCACGGUUGAACCGCCUCCUCGCUGAGCUGUACGAAGUUCUGUGCCACAUCUUGGUCUCUCGGCAACCUGGCCAAGAAGCUCAAGAAAAUCGUCGAGAGCGUCCUUUCUCCGAAUCCGACAUCGAUCGACCCGGUCCAGCGCCGCAGCCGCAGCAGUGUCGUCGCUCAGCCUCGUCCUCUCCUCCCGCUCUUACCAUCGAUAGUAACCUGGAAGAUGACGUCUUUGUCAGCCCACGAACCGCCAAUGGAAAUGAUCUGUUUUCGUCCAGGAACUUGGAGAUUUUUGGCUAUGGAAGCCCUAGAACUCCAGCUGGAGUGCUGCUGAAUGGCCGAAGUGAGAGAAGCUUCACCUUCUCUGUAAGCAGUCAAAAGCAGUGCAGAGAUAAGGGCGGAACGGAUCAUGCUGACGGAGCCCAUGCUGCUUACACUGAUGACGAUGAUGCCAACGCUGCAUCCAACGAAAAUCAGCAAGAUGAAAGAGGCUCAUCAGUGAGCUCCGUAAUCUCUUCCAUCACACCGUACAAGGUAUCUGGAUCGAUCUGCACUGCGAUCCUUCUUAUGCUCGGCUGGACGAUACUAUCUCAUAAACGUUUCUCUGACACUCAGCCAUCGCUGGGAGUAUUAGAGGAGACCGUCUGAAAUUGUUACCGCUGCAGUAAUGAUACGGGCUUUUUAUUUGUAAUUAAUGAUUAUUUGUAAAUACGCAAUUACUUUGCUAGUUUAUUAUUAAUUUUAGGUUGUCUGAGGCUCUCGAGUUUGUCUUACAGGGUUCCGUUGAGGACAAUUACAAUUUGUUUUAAAAUAAUUGUAAAAACAAUUAUAUAUGUCAAGUAACAUGAAACGUCAAUUGCUAUUGUAUGGUCCAAACGGAGCUCUGUGAACAUUUGAUCCGAAUUUUUUUCGUCACUAAAGUAAAUAAACUGAUCAAAAUUGCUUUUUUGUCACAUUCAACGUGGCAUUAUUAAAACUUGUCAGAAAGUAAUGAUAGUUCUAAAAUUUACAUUACCCGCUGGAUUUUAUUAAAUAUUCAAUGAACGAAACCAUAUCUAGAUUUUUUUAUUGAUUUCAAUCUUUUAGUAAGCGAAGUAUAGCCUGUUAGUAUGAAAAAUCAUAUUACUUUUAUGAUCAAAUAUUGGAAGUGAUUGUAACUCCGUUGAAAAGACAAAUUGUAAUAUAGUGGGAUCAAAACAUUUGGGAACAAAAUUCAGUUUACAGUUUACUUGUUUAUUUGAAGACGUUACAAAUUAGGAUGGAUGUGUUCAAAUGUGAUAUUUAUUUAGGAUUUUUAUUAAAAUAAAAUGAAGUUUUCCUAAUGAUCUCUUGGAAACUCUUAUUUGCUGAUUAGUUUUUGCUGCUUUGUGCUAGUGAAUGAACGUUUUUUGCAUAUAUUUUGUAACGUGAUUGGAUACUACUAAUUGCCCAAUAUCCAUAUUUAUUACAUCUACACCAUCAAGAGUCUUCAAUAUCCGAUCCAGACUCAUAAAUAUGUUCACCUUUCUGGAAUGAUGAAUGCAAACAAAAUACUUACUUCACUUCGGCUAUUAUUUUCUUUUGUUUGUCGAUUUCCUUGGAAACCCAGAGCCUGUUACAAUUAUACUAAUAACGACAUGAAUAAUUUUUAUAAUUAAGCAGUGUAUUUAAGCAGCAGCUAAUAAUUUAAGCUAUUUAAGCCUUGUAAUGCAAUUUUUAUGCAAUAGGUACAUUUAUGAGCACAAAGUACAAGCAAAUAGAAUAUGACGAUGCAUAUAAGAGUUUUGUACAUAAAAUUGGUAUGCAUUAUUGUUCUAAGAGUAACUUUUAGAUGAAAUUUUCGAAAUUUCCAUACCUAAUAAUCGCUUGAUAUAAUAGAAUAUUCUUAUAUGCCAUAGUACAGAAGACAUAAGAUACGUAAUAAGUACCGGUUGCCAGAAAUAACAGCUACCAGCACCAAAUUAACUAUAGUAUAAUAAUAAGAUGACAGGGAAUCCACACCAACGAAUUAAAAGAGGCACUCCUAAGAACACUCAGAUCAGAAAUAAUUUAGAAAAGCUCAUUCCCCAUAUUGGUCCUUCCGGAUAUCCAACACGGGUCUUUUCAUCCAGUGCCCACAGGGCUAAUCACUGAGGUCGUCACCUAUAUCUUUAGUAUAAUUAUCAUUGUCUAAGAUACCAAUACUGUAAGUUUUUAAUAAUUUGAUAAUAUCGUAUCGUAAUUUAACUACACAUAUCUAUCUAAAGUUCAGUUUACAAAUAAUAAUUGUGUGGUUUGCUGUACAUUAUUCCGUAUAUACAUGAUUAAUAUUAACUAUAUCCAUAGCGUAGUCCGUUCAUAAUAAGUCGAAAUAAGCUGAUAAAACAAAAUGUGUUUAUUGUUUUAUAUAUCGUACCUCCAAUGAACAAUACGCUAUUGUGUUUUGUUUUUCAUUUCACGAAAUUGUUUUCUUUUUU